AUGGGUGAUAAAGAUCUUGCGAGCUCCUUGAUGGAGCUCAAUAUAAAAGUAGGCACAACAGACGUACCCCAGACCAUCGCUGAAGAGCAGAGUCAUAGGACAGAUAGUAAGGAAGAGGUGCUUGACGAUGAAACUACGAUCAGGAAUGACCCGCAGAAAACAAAGAUUACCCUCGAUCAGAGUAUGAUGCUCUCUAAAUUGCCAGCGAAAACAACCUCCGCCCUGCUCUCGGUGUCAAAACCCACCGAAUCGAAAAUCCAAAUUCGCUUCAAGUCAAUUGGAUCUGUGGACCAAGUGAGCCCUGCCAUUUUUAAGAUCAGCAAAAGCUCGAAAUUCUCUUCCAUCUUGCGAUUUCUUGAGCUCAAAUUGGGCAAAAAAGUGUACUGCUAUCUCAAUAACUCGGUCAGCCCCAAUCCUGAUGAGGAACUCGAAAAUCUGUAUAACAUCUUCCGCGUUGGAGACGAACUCAUUGUCAGUUACUGCAACAUUGUCGCAUUCGGCUAA